AUGUCUGAAAUAAACAGGAGAAGAUUUAUUCGAAAAAAUAGGGAAGAGCAGAGCAUAAAAGAUAAAAGCCCUAGGUCCUCAAGUGUGCCUGGUUCCAUGAUAGCCACUCCUAACAUAUCAAAGCUCUCUCAGAAAGAUAGAGAGAAUAUUUGAGAAAUAGUUCUUCAGAAUGGCAUCGAUCCAAGAUCGCUGGCUUUCGAAAUAGUUACUAAGAGAGUUUGUAGUGUCCUUUUAGCGCAGAAGAGUAGCGAAGAAUCUUUCAAGAGCGAUAGAGCUUUCCUAGAAAAUGUUGUGAAAGAGACACUUGAGAAGGAUACUUCUUUGAAGACGACCUUGAAUAAUAUUUUCAAAUCUUCAACAUCUCCUUGUGAGGUUGAUAUUCAGAACUUAACUGCAGAAAUUUUAAGUCAGCAGUUAUCAAAGGCGAAGAGUACUGAAAGAUCCCAAAGCCAAAAUAGAUAUUGUUUGAGUCGUUCUGUUAUAGAACCUCAGUUCACUAAAUUAACGGAAAAAGUGUCAUACCAGAAAUCUCAGAAUGAAGGUCAGGAGACUAGCGAUGAAAAAGCUCUUGAACAGACACGUUGAAUCCAGAAUUCAGAACUUAUUUCAGGGGUGUCUUUGAACAUUAAAGAAAAAGAGUUAACAAAAAGUGACUCUGCUCAGGAGAUUCCUUUAGAUCCUCCUCCAAAACCUAUUUCUCCCUCUAAAAUCUAUUAUGAACUUAACAAAGACGCUACCAUUGAUCGGAAAGAAAGCUCUAGUGCUGCUUUGACUAGGGAGACUAGCGAGGAAGAGAAAUCCCAAGUAACUCCGAAGAGUAAUAAUCUAAUUUCCUCUCUUCCAGCCUCUCCAAAUCAGUAUGAGAACAAUUACACAGAUGAUAUGUCAUCUUUCCAAAUGAUUUCUUCAAGAGAAACUCAUGAAAUAACACCUAGCAAUACAGUCACUCCUAAGAGGGAGCCUUCCAGCAAGUCUUGUAUUGAAGUGGAUAUCCUUCACAAAGAAUACGAUCUUGGCAGAGAUCUUCUCCAAAAGGCGGGAUUGAAGAUAACUUCUCAAGCUUUUAGGCAAUUAGCUUCUCAGACAAUGAACGAGUAUGACUAUAAGAUUCUUCAGAUAAUAUUCUCUCUUCUAUUGUCCAUCAGAGACAAGAGUGAUGUCACCAUUAACUCGCUUGGAGAGAUAAAGCAUCUGCUUAGUAACCCUGAUGAGGUUAUCUUGUUAUUAAACAACCUUGCCACACUAAUAUCAGAGAAGUCUUUCUCAGGUAAAAGUACUUCCCAAUUAAGAGACGAAUUUGUCAAAGCGUCGCCUUAUGUUUCAGACAAUCAGAUUAUUGGCAGUAUAAAGGAGUACUUGUGAGAGUCUUUCUGUCUGAUUGAUAUUAUUGAAGAGAUUAAAGAUUUUGAAAAGAAGCAUAAUAUGAAAAAGGUUCCCAAGACUGCAGAUAAGCCAAAGAAAACAAGAAGAAGGAAAGACCAAAGGAAAGAACAAAUGGAGAAGUCUCAAAAUAGAACUCUAAGCCAUAAAGUUGAUACUAUUGGAUCAAGAUUUAAUAAAAACGUCAGCAAACAAAGAGUUGAAACUUAUCAUCGAGCUUCUAGCAAAAGGAAUCUGAGUAAAACCCCUAAGAAUAAAAAAAUGGGAAGAAAUCAAUCAAGACUAAUGGAUAAAUCAACCCCUAGAUUGACUAAAAAUGAGAAAAUUCAGAAGAAGAAUAUUAUCAAGAGAAAUAUUACCAACGGAUGUUCAUUUAUUUCUAAAAGUCCUAAGCCACUAGGUAAAAGUCCUACUCUGAAGAAUAUUUCAAAAAGUCCUAAGCCUCUCAGAGUAGGAAAGGACUAUUCUUUCAAACAAGAGAAGAAGGCUACAAAGAGACCAACUAGAGGAGUUCAAUAUGAUGCAAACGGACAUAGGAUCAUGAGCUCUAAGAAUCAAAAGCAAUAUAGGCCCAAGAACUCAUUUAAAAAGGAAAUGACUCCUGUGAAGGUUGGUAAUAGGACAGUAGAACAAAGAGAUGACACUCUCUUGCCAACAAACCUGAAACAAUCGCCACAGAAAAGAAAGAUUACAAAGAAAAGUACCAUUAGGAAGAAAGCAGAUCUCCAUGAGCCAAGAGUGAGAGAUCAGAAUAGAUCAUUUAUCCAGCCAGUUAAUAAAAGCCCAAUAAGAAAGGCUAUUUCUCCUAUUAGAUCUCCUAAGAGAAAGAGUCCCAGAAAAGAGAUUGGCAGGAUUAGUCCUACAAAGAGGAUGAUUCAGAUGAAGAAUUCUUACAUCAAAAAUCAACAAAAGGCUCAGGAAGACCCUAAGAAUGCAGGAAAGCUUAUAUAUACCAUUAGCCCUAACGAAGGCUACAUUGUGGAUCAAGAGUUCAAAGAAUUGACUGAAGAAGAACUGAACGAUAUUGGAAAAUCUUUGGCUGAAAAAUCUGCUGAGCUAUGCAAAGCUGCUGAUCAAGAAAGGUCUGAAAAAUACGGAGAUCUGAUGGUAAAGAAUCACCUUAAAAAAAGGGUGCAAUAA